UUGAUAACAGUUUCAACUACUUUUCAAGCACCAAAAAUGUGUCGUGGAGUUAUGGCUGUUGCAUCCACCACUGUUGGAGUGAUGGAGGUGCUGAAGGAUCAAGGCUAUUGCAGGUGGAACACCACCAUGAAAUCAGUAGCCCAAGGUGCCAAGAACCAUGUCAAGUCAUCACAACACAUGGCUGCUAAUAAUAGCAACAAUAACAACAUGUCUCAUCAAUCUUCUUCUUCUUCUUCCAUGAUUGCUAAUAAUAACAAGUUAAGAGAUGAGAUUGAUGAGAUUGAACACAUGAAGAAGGCUGAGGAGUCUCUUAGAACCGUCAUGUAUUUGAGCACGUGGGGUCCUAACAGUUAGUUUUAAAGGUUGAAACUAUAUAUAUAUAUAUGGCUGAGGGGGCUCAUAACAGUAUAAUAAGAUUAUGUGUUACUCUUAGCUUGGAUGUAAGUUGAAUGUGAUAUGAUGAAUGAGUAUAAAUUUGCUAUGGCAAUAAUUUGUAACAUUUUCAAUUCA